AGAGUGUCGACGGACUUUCAGGGAGUUCACUGUUUGCUAUUAGAGCAAGCAAGAAAGAGCGUUCCCCGAAGAACACUUUCAUUAUCACCACUGGAAGGCGAUAUGGUCAGACCUACUUCUCUCAACUUUUUUACAACAGAAAAUGAUACAUGCUAAUACAUCGAAGACGCACGUUUAAAAAAGAAAGAAGACAAUUCAACUAUCUUGAAUUGAGUGUAAUUGCAGCAGCACCUAUAUAGGAGCGAAAUGGAUGUUAUUCCUAUGUGCAGCAUUUUUCAGGAGCUCCAGAUUGUACAUGACACCGGAUACUUUUCAGCUUUACCAUCUCUCGAGGAGUACUGGCAGCAGACAUGUCUGGAGUUGGAGCGGUACCUCCAGAGCGAGCCCUACGUCUCGGCCACAGACAUCAAGUUUGAGACGAGCCAGGAGGACCUCUGGAUGAUCCUGGCCUGUGGGGACAAGGCCGAGUCCGACCCAAAGAUCCUCACUAACAUUAAGGAGGAAGACAAUCAGGAGGCCAACAGCUUUAACUCCGACGCCAGCAGCGAGGCGUCCGACGGCUCCGAUGACCUCUCCCCUACCCUCGACUUCACCUCCAACCCACUGAGUGACAUUAUGGGAGAGGGAGAGGACCUGAGUUCCACUGUUAUCAGUACUCCACCAUCUUCUCCUGAGGUGAGCAAGGUGGCCUCCUCCAUAUCCUCCCAGGUGUGGAGUGGUAUACAGAACGUGUUGCACUCACCUGGGAAAAUACAGACCGGGGGCAUUGGUGGACGAACGGCGGAGAGGGGAAGCUUAGCCAACGGGGAGGAUUCUCCAGAUGGGAGGAGGCGGGUCCACAGGUGUCAUUUCAACGGAUGCCGUAAGGUCUACACGAAAAGUUCCCACUUGAAAGCACACCAGCGUACACAUACAGGUGAGAAGCCUUACAGGUGCUCAUGGGAAGGCUGUGAGUGGCGUUUUGCACGGAGUGAUGAGCUAACCAGACACUUCAGGAAGCACACUGGGGCAAAGCCGUUUAAAUGCAGUCACUGUGACAGGUGUUUCUCUCGUUCGGACCAUUUGGCGCUUCACAUGAAGAGACACAUCUAAGAGCUGGGCCCCAGAGUAGAGCAGUGUUGAGGGAUGGUCCUGACGGUCUCCUAACCUGUCUGUGGGGAGGCGCAAUGCCCUGAGAGGGGAGGAAGGGGAACAAGGGGAGCAUGCCCCAGUAAAAGCAUGCAGGCAAUUUCUGCACCAUACUUAGUGCCUCCAAGACCUCUCGGAGGAAAGAGCUCUGAAAGGUCGACACAUUCUGGAAAAAGAAUCACGGAAACCACCAAGGAUGACGGAAAAUGAAGAGAUCCGCUAGAGAGAAAUAAGAAAAUGUCAGAGGACAAGAAAUAAUGUUUUUUCUUUGUAUGGUGUCUGAUGCUUUGUGGAGUUAGUUCCUGGCCUGAACACAUGCAGUGAUACUACUCCAAUAAACGUGUUGUUUCUUGUGAGCUUGUGAGAAUGCCUGUGACUGAGUGCCUGCUUGUGGAUAUGACUAUUAAGCGUGUGGUUGUGAGCUGAAUGGCGUUGAGGGGGUGUUGUGCUGGGGGUUUAUUGUCUCGUUUUGUGGUAAUGAAUGAAUGCAAGCAAAGGUGCUGUUGUGUGGGGCAUUGGUUGAAUCUAGGCUGGGUUUGGCAGUGUGUGUCCGGGCCGCCGGUUUGAGAGAGAGCGCCCCCAUCUGAGAGGAGGUGGUAGGACACUCUUAAACGAGAUGGGGAGGAGGGAAGUGGAUUGUUUGGCGCAGAUAUAAAUUGUGCAAUGUAUUAAGUAGCGUGUCUCAAAGUUAAUGCUACCAAGCUCAUUUGUUGUCCAUUGUGUAAGCGCUGUAUCUAAUGGUUGUACACAACAUUAAUACCUUUAUUAUACCAGAAGUUGCAUGAUCUUGGGUUUGUUUGUCACUCGAUGAGUUAUAAUGAUGGCAAAUCCCAAUAACAAGCAGCUGUACAUCUGUUUUACACCAUAGAUAUCACAUUAUUGUACAGAAACAUGAAGCAGCAACUUGUUUCCUUUUGUAUGUCUGGAGAUAUCACUAUUGCUUGGCAACUGUCUUGAUCAUGGAAUAGUUUAUUUCUAUUCCAUUUAAAAAUUAAUUUCUUUAUUUUUCUUCUCUUGCUCUCCUUUUCUAUAUCUGUAAAUGCACUGUUGACCUUAAUGAUGCCUUAUGUAAGUGGCCUUGUCCAGAUAAAUAGAUCACUCACGGGGGUUGAAAUGCAGUAGUGUAUGAUUUGAAUAGCUUUAUUAAGGCUCUGAUUCAUAUGGCCACACCUUUUGCCCUUGUCUAGGUCAGUCUCCGAACUUGAAUAAAAGUCAGCUUUAUACUUACUGACAUUUUACAUUUCUGUGCAUCAUUUGUCAACAAACAUACAGUAUCUAUCUAUCCAUUGAGACGAAAUCAAAAUGUUUUGAAAAUUAUCCUUGAGCCGAGACACAAUUGUAGAGCACUUGAAACAAUUACAUUUGAAAUGGUUUACUACUGUGUAGUAGCAUAAUGUGGUAUGUCAUGCACUUAAAAUGAAAUGUGGGAUGGAAAAUUAGUUAAGUUACUGUCAAUUAUAGAGUCUCCUAGUUUGUUGGGGGGUUGAGUUCUUGUGACGUGAUCUGCUCGGUCACGAAGGCCUUGGUAAAUUAAGAUUGAUUGCAAAUAGCCAAUUCUGGUCAGACCAUGGCAUGUUUAGUGUCUGUUGAAUUGUUAAACGCUUACCUGACAUGAGUGCUCUCAAACUGACAAUGGAUGCUUAUUGACCUGUAUGGACUUGUUUUAACCCCAUACCAUUGUACAGUACAGUUGAUCUGGUCAACAGUACUGUCGGAAAGUCUCCUUUUAAAAUGUACAUUAUGGAUAUCAAAACAUGCAAAAUAUGUGUUAUUUAAAAAUAGUUUUUUUCAAAGAAGCUUAUAUUUUGCAGGGUAAGGGACCAAACAAAUCUAAAUUGUGCAGUUUGUUUAUGAAAAAACAAAGACCAGGCCACAUUUAACUUAAGGGAGUACGAAUGGCUCAACAAACUGAAAACAAAUUAUGUAUUGUUCACUUCUGAUAGUCUGCUACAGUGUUGGAGAAUGAUUUACAUUUUCUAGCUUGAACGGGGAAUGAUUCAGUAAAGAGAAAUGAAACUGAUUGUUGGAGGAAUUACACAAUGAACAGCUUUCUAUAAUCAAAAUCAAAACUGCAAAUUGUCAGCUCUAUCUUUAACUAAAGUAUCUUUAUUGAUGAAAAAAAUUGAGGUUUAUUUUUGUUUGAUUAAUGGCAUGUUUUUUUUUUCAAAUUGUUUUGUAAAAUAGUUAUUUCUGUAUGAAUGUAUUUUUUAUUGGAGUAAUGAUUUAAAAAAAAUCAAAUAUUUUGGUGUUUUUGUUCUACCUGCUUCUUGAAUCAUCAUACUGUGACCUGAUAUAAAACAUGAGCUCUUACAG